AUGGCUCGCAGCCGUUGGCGCCAUGCUCUGCUGAGAACUUCGCGACAAGAGGCGCUUCACACCAUGAGCGGCCAUUUUGUGGCGGCCCUCCUGCAUGGCGCCGUGCGGGGUUACCGGGCUCUUACUGCUCUGCGCGUGGCCCGACCGAGCGCUCCUCCACCUGCCCCGCAGGCCGAUGCAGGCGCCGCGGUUGGGCGCGGGCGGCGCCGGUCGGCUCCGUCUGCAACUUGCAUACCUACCCGCCGCUUGUCGUUAGGGCCAGGCUGGACCCCUUGCCCCGGGCGUCGAGGGCUUUCAAACAGUUUCCAUUGUCCUCAGAGGGGCGCCUCCCCUUUUGCCAUCCCCUCGCCCCCAGAUCUCUUGAGGAGAGUGACACCCUCUUCCCCAGCGCCUCGUCUGGUAAUGACGUCACUGGGCAGGCGAGGUGCGAAGCCCGCGGGACGUGAGGCCGUUAAAUGGCUGCGUAGCGGCGGCGGCGGCCCCGCCGGCUCCUCUGCGAAUGUGGAGGCCCAGUGUGCAGGUGUCUUGGAGGAUAAUACCCGUUUGUCAACAACCAGUCAAGGAUAUGUUUUACCAGAAGGAAAAAUCAUGCCAAACACAGUCUUUGUUGGUGGAAUUGAUAUAAGGAUGAAUGAAGCAGAAAUUCGGAGUUUCUUUGAACGAUAUGGUACUGUGAAAGAGGUGAAAAUAAUCACUGACAGAACUGGCGUUUCCAAAGGGUAUGGAUUUGUAUCUUUCCUAGACAACGUGGAUGUUCAAAAAAUAGUAGAAUCACAAAUCAACUUCCAUGGCAAAAAGCUGAAACUGGGGCCAGCAAUUAGAAAGCAACAAAACUUGUGUUCUUAUGUGCAUCCUAGACCAUUAGUCUUCAAUCCUCCUGCACCGCAGUUCCAUAGUGUAUGGGGUAAUCAAAAUACAGAGACGUACAUGCAGCCUCCAGCUGUAAUGAGCCCAGUAACACAGUAUGUUCAGACAUAUCCAUACAGUUCACCAGCUUUAUUGAUACAGCAGCAAGUUCCUGUAGGAUAUCAGCCAGCCUACAACUACCAGGUUCAACCACAAUGGCUUGCUGGGGAGCAAAGAAAUUAUGUUAUGCCUCCGGUUUAUACUUCAGUAAGCUAUCACUGCACUGAGGAUCCAGAAUUUAUACAGACAGAAUGUGCUGUUCCAGAGCCCACGCAGGCAUCUACUAACAGUCCACAAAAGAAGUCUGUGGACAGGAGCAUACAAACAGUAGUAUCCUGUCUGUUUAAUCCUGAGAACCGUCUGAGGAACACCUUUGUAUCACAAGAAGACUACUUUAAGGAGAGAAAGGCGCAUCACUUCAGAAAAGGAAGAGCAGUACUCAAAAGUGUUUGA